ACCAUGGGGGUAGCGCUGACCAGAGCAGCGCAAUGGACCACAGCAAGUUCUGGGAUUGGAAAACUGGAGAUCACUCCAGUCAACGAGUCUCUGCUGAAAGAGAUCCUGGAGUUUGUGGAACAGUUCAGCUCCAGACACCCUCAGGAGGCUAAGCAUGUGUUCAAGGAGCCGCUCCAGUGGACUACCUCUUUGGAGGCUUCUGAUUUCAAAACAGAGUAUGACAUAAGUGGCCCCGCUGUAAAGUCACAGGAAACAGACAGGGAUGGGCAUCCUAUGUUGCAGCUCACCCCUCCGAGCAUUUCUGUGCACAGCUUCAGUCAGCUGUCCAAAAUAGUGCAGCUGGCAACGGAUAAGAAGCUCAAGGAGGUCCGAGCUUGCCUGGAAGCCAACAGAGACCCUGUUGCGAAGAUGCUGGGACCUAGCUUCGCCACAGUGGAGGGGGAGGACAGCUCUGUGCUGCGUCUCCUGGAGAAGGUAAAGGAGGGGGACCAGGCCAAGGAGACUGAGAUCAAAGUGAAGCUGCUCAUCCUACUGCAGCAGCUGGACACUCAGCUCCUCAGCAACUCCCUCAAGCAGAUCUCCCAGGAUGUUAGGCUCAGUCCUGCCACAGUGAAGAAUGAUGUUGAGCUGCUGAAAAGCUUCUGCAGUGAAGGGGAGAAAAGGGUGUUGACGUCUGUUCAAUACACAUCAGAUUAUGAGUUCACCAAUGGCUGUCGAACUCCUCCUUGGAGGCAGGUGCAUGGUGAGAUUUGCUACCUAGUGAUAAAGCCGUGUGACACUCAGCCCCUGCACAUCACCUGCAGCACAGCUGGAGUCUUUCUCAACGGGGGCAUAAGGCAGGAGGGUGAGGAAAAUACCUAUGACAGAACAAGCGAGGUCUACAAAGACCUGGCAACCCUUCUGAAAAGCACGUCUCCCCAUUUUGCAGAGAACAUAAAUAAACAGGAUUUUGCCGUUCAAGAAGAACCUCCAACACUAAAGGUCCAACAUGUGGAAUUGGUUGAUGCAGAGGAACAAGGCCAACCCCAGAGGUCUUACGAGCAUCACGAAAAGAAUGUGCAUGAGAAGGCGAGACAACAGCUUGUGCAAAACAAGCCAGGCGGCAAAAAGAAAUUAGAACCAUCUUUGAAAUGGAAGAACCUCGGUCUCGCAUCUCCCUAUGAGUACGUGAUAAUUCCACUCUCCACAUGCCAGCAGUCACACAUUAUAAAGAGAUGUAAGACCCCGGGAGGAGUUGGUGGCGUCGAUGACUUCAGUGAGAGUUCAUCGGAGAGUGAGGAGGAUGAGGAGCAGCCAGAGCGCCGCACGGAGAGCAACACAGACCUGCCCUCAGAGUACUGGCAGAUCCAGAAACUGGUCAAGUACCUCAAGGGAGGCAACCAGACGGCCACUGUGAUUGCUCUGUGCUCCAUGAGGGACUUUAAUUUAGCCCAGGAGACGUGCCAACUGGCCAUCCGGGAUGUAGGUGGCCUUGAAGUCCUCAUUAACUUGCUGGAUACAGAAGAAAUCAAAUGCAAAAUUGGCUCUCUGAAGAUUCUGAAGGAGAUCAGCCGUAACUCUCAGAUCCGCCGGGCCAUCGCUGACCUGGGGGGCCUGCAGACCAUGGUGAAGAUCUUGGACUCCCCAGACAAGGACCUAAAAUACCUGGCCGCAGAGACCAUCGCCAACGUGGCCAAGUUCAGACGGGCCAGGAGGACAGUCAGACAGCACGGAGGGAUCAAGAGACUGGUGGAGUUACUAGACUGCGUGCCUGACUCGGCGGCACUGACAGAGGAGCAGGAGAAGGACGUGGAGGUGGCUCGCUGCGGGGCCCUGGCCCUCUGGAGCUGCAGUAAGAGCACCAGGAACAAAGAGGCCAUCCGCAAGGCCGGGGGCAUCCCUCUGCUGGCUCGCCUGCUCAAGUCUCCCCACGAGAACAUGCUGAUCCCUGUCGUGGGAACCCUGCAGGAGUGUGCCUCCGAGAGAAGUUACAGGAUUGCCAUCCAGACGGAGGGUAUGAUCGAGGACUUGGUGAAAAACCUCAACUGUGACAAUCACGAGCUACAGAUGCACUGCGCCAGUGCCAUCUUCAAGUGUGCAGAAGACAAGCGUACCCGUGACCUGGUGCGUCAGUGCGAGGGACUGCAGCCCCUGGUGACUCUGCUGAGCCAGGCAGACAACAAACAGCUCCUGGCUGCCACCACCGGGGCCAUCUGGAAGUGCUCCAUCAGCAUGGAGAAUGUGGCUAAGUUCCAGGAUUACAAGGCCUUGGAGACCCUGGUGGGUCUGCUGACAGACCAGCCUGAGGAGGUGCUGGUGAACGUGGUCGGCGCCCUGGGCGAGGGGGCCCAGAAACCUGCCAACAGGGCCACCAUCAGGAAGUGUGGAGGCAUCCAGCCCCUGGUCAACCUGCUGACGGGAACCAACCAGGCCCUGCUGGUCAACGUCACCAAGGCUGUGGGAGCCUGCGCCACCGAGCUUGAGAAUAUGACGAUCAUUGACCGUCUGGAUGGAGUGCGUCUGCUCUGGUCCUUGUUGAAAAACCCAAACCCAGAUGUCCAGGCCAGUGCUGCAUGGGCCAUUUGUCCAUGCAUUGAAAAUGCAAAGGAUUCAGGGGAAAUGGUGCGCUCAUUUGUCGGUGGAUUGGAACUGAUUGUUAAUUUGCUGAAAUCAACAAACAAAGAGGUACUGGCGAGCGUGUGUGCCGCCAUAGCCAAAAUAGCCAAAGACGAAGAGAAUCUGGCAGUCAUCACUGACCACGGGGUUGUACCGAUGCUGGCCAAGCUGACAAACACAACUGAUGAUAAACUGCGUCGUCACCUGGCUGAGGCCAUUGCCCGUUGCUGCAUGUGGGGCAGUAACAGGGUGUUGUUUGGGGAGGCGGGGGCCGUGUCCCCCCUCGUCCGUUACCUGAAGUCCAAGGACUCCUCAGUCCACCAGGCCACAGCUCAGGCCCUUUUCCAGCUCUCCAAGGACCCCAACAACUGCAUCACCAUGCACGACAACGGAGUGGUCAAGCUCCUGUUGGGUAUGAUGGGCUCCACUGACGAGGUCCUUCAGGAAGCUGCCGCUGGCUGUGUGGCUAACAUCCGCCGCCUGGCCCUGGCCAAUGAAAAGGCACGGUACGGUUAAACAACCACAAUGAACCCUCCCCCCCCAGAAGCUACUGUGACCUCAUCAUCACUUUCUGGGUACGAUUGGAUGUCAUGGUUCCAGAUCUACUCCAGUAGCCUUCCAUCCACAGAGACUCAUCUCACUAUCCCUCUAUCCUUCCCACCCAUCCCACAGAAUAUAAGAGUGAUUCCUUCUGCCUCCAUCUGUAAUAGCAGGAAGCGUUUAUUCUAUCCUACCCAUGAAUUUGGAUGAUUAUUUCAUUUGGAUUUCAUACAAACAUACUGUAUAGGA